UGAUUAGACGCUGAUCUCCCCAUCUGAAUGGGACAGAGAGAGGAGGGACCCAAGACAUAGGUUGACUCCCCCCGCUUCCCCCCGCCCUUGAGACGUCCAUUGAGGAAAACGGAACAGGAGAAGGGGUGAAGGAAGAAGCAACAGCCCCCCCAAUACAAUAAGAGAAGAAAGCGGCAAAGCCUUUAGCAGGAGAAAAGUGCUGCUAACAAGUCAUGAUGGUUGAAUCUGCCUCAGAGACAAUACGUUCCACUCCCUCCAGUCAAAAUGGUGUCAGCAGCCUAAACAAUCCAACUGAUGGAGGAGGUGGAGGUGGAGGUGGAGGUGGUGGAUGUGGAAGAGAGGGAGGAGCUAGUGGAGAAACCAAUGGAGAGAUGAGCCCAGUGGAACUCCUGCAUUUUCAGCAGCAGCAGGCUCUUCAGGUGGCACGACAGUUCCUUUUGCAGCAGGCAACAGGGCUGACCUCUCCCAGCAGCAAUGAAAACAAGCAGCCAGCUGUUCAGGUUCCAGUGUCUGUGGCCAUGAUGUCUCCUCAGAUGAUCACCCCGCAGCAGAUGCAGCAAAUUCUGUCUCCUCCCCAGCUCCAAGCCCUGCUGCAGCAACAGCAAGCAAUUAUGCUGCAACAGCUGCAGGAAUACUACAAGAAGCAGCAGGAGCAACUUCAUCUGCAGCUACUGACUCAGCAGCAAGCUGGAAAGCAGCAAGCCAAAGAGCAGCCAUUAGGGAAUAAGCAGCUGGCAUUCCAACAACAGCUACUGCAGAUGCAGCAGCUGCAGCAGCAGCACCUGUUAAACCUCCAGCGACAAGGGCUGGUCAGUUUACAGCCAGGACAAGGCACCGUUCCUCUGCAGACCCUUCCACAAGCUGUGUGUCCCUCAGACCUUCAGCAGCUGUGGAAAGAGGUUACUGCUACACAGCCCGUCGAGGACAGUAUCAAGCAAGAGGGACUUGACCUCAGCACCAACACCUCCAAUUCUACCUCGUUUUCAGCCACCAAGGUCUCUCCUCCAGUUUCCCAUCACCCUCUCCCUAAUGGACAGAACGCCAUGCUCGCACAAAGGAGGGACAGCUCUUCUCAUGAGGAGUCUCCUGGUUCUCAUCCUCUGUAUGGUCACGGAGAGUGCAAGUGGCCUGGUUGUGAAACCCUCUGUGAGGACUUGGGACAGUUUGUCAAACACCUCAAUACAGAACAUGCACUUGAUGACCGGAGCACGGCUCAGUGUCGAGUUCAAAUGCAAGUGGUACAGCAGCUGGAAAUACAGCUAGCUAAAGAGAGUGAACGUCUCCAGGCAAUGAUGGCCCACCUCCAUAUGAGACCUUCAGAGCCAAAGCCCUUCAGUCAGCCUCUAAACCUGGUCUCCAGUGCCACCCUUUCCAAGAGCACUUCUGAUACCUUCCCUGAUGGAUUACCUCAUCCCCCCACCUCUGCAACUGCACCCAUUACUCCAUUGCGGCAGGGUCCUUCAGUCAUCAGCUCAUCCACUUUACACAGUGUAGGGCCCAUUCGCAGGAGGAACUCAGAAAAGUUCUGCACGCCAAUCUCCUCAGAACUUGCACAGAAUCAUGAGUUUUACAAAAAUGCAGAUGUCCGCCCCCCCUUCACAUAUGCCUCACUUAUCCGGCAGGCUAUCCUUGAGACACCUGACAGGCAGCUAACAUUGAAUGAAAUCUACAAUUGGUUCACACGAAUGUUUGCCUACUUCAGGAGAAACACAGCUACCUGGAAGAAUGCCGUGCGCCACAACCUGAGCCUGCAUAAGUGCUUCGUGCGAGUGGAGAAUGUCAAGGGAGCUGUCUGGACCGUAGAUGAACUCGAGUACCAAAAGAGAAGGCCGCCAAAGAUGACAGGGAGUCCAACUUUAGUCAAAAACAUGAUUUCUGGCCUUAGCUAUGGAGCACUUAAUGCCAGCUACCAGGCAGCCCUAGCAGAGAGUAACUUCCCUCUUCUGAACAGUCCCACCAUGAUCAACACGAGCUCCACUAGUGGCAUGUUGCAUGUUGGCCAUGAUGAUGUGAGCAGCACUGUGGAACAAGUCAACAGCAACGGCAGCAAUAGCCCCCGACUUUCACCACAGCAGUACAGCCACCAAGUCCAUGUGAAGGAAGAACCAGCUGAGACAGAGGAUGACAACAGACCUGUUUCUCUCAUGGCAACAACCAAUCAAAAUGUGACAAUUCCUGAUGACAGAGACCUGGAGGAGGAACUGCCAGUGGAAGACUUGUCAUAAGGGCCCUCCCUCCUCACCUAGGGCUCAGCACUUCCCCAGAGACAAAGCAAUGGCUCCCACCUCUUCAAGGUGACCUUCAGCGUUAUCUUGUUUAAGGCACUUCUGCAAAGCAAAAGGGUUUCCUUGGGUCUACCCUUUGCUGAAGGCACACUCUUCUUUCCCUUCUUGCAUCCCAGUGACUCUUAACAGACAUUCACAGAGGGGGAUGUGCAAAGAAACAAAAACAGAGUUGAGCUUUUCAUUUUUCUUAAUUUUUUAUUUUUUUUUAAUUGGUAAACGAGGAUGGUAGAUUGUUUCUGUCCGAAGACUUCUUUAUUGCCUCCCCCCUUCAUCACCCCACCCUCAUGGGGAUAAAAAGAAGGUGUCUUGUAUUGUCUACUCUGUGUUCUGUCAUUUUCAGCUCAUAUGCCGUCUUGUUUCCACAAAUCAAGAUUCUGGAAGCAUCCAGUCCAAUGGGGGCAGCAUCCAAGCCAUGGGCUUCUGUGAAUGUCCCCCCACUUUCCCAUGGAAAGCAUUUCCCAUAGCUUGCUGGUUAAUCCCACUGAGAACUUUGCACUAGGAGGAAUCCUCUCUUUAACACAGACAUACUCUUUCUCUCACACACCUCUCCCGUACCAUCUCUACAUACUGGAACAGCUGUUGGAAACAAGACCCCUACAGUGGCUCCAAUAUCCCAACUUCUGUUCAUUUCUUGACUGAGAAAGAAAUGAAAAACCAGGUUGGGCGUAACGAAUACACUAUAGGUAAGCAAGCAGCCAAAGGGUCUCUCACUGCCACAGAUAAAACCACUUGGUCAUUCUUUCUCCAACCUGUGUUUGUGCCCCUGCGAGUUCAAGAAGCGGUUUUCUUUAGCCAGUCAUGCCUGACAGCCAGUCUUCAGUCCACAAAUGUUUGUUCACCACAAAACCCAGGGAUGAAUGUCAUUCCAUGCCCUCACAUACUGUGAAACUUUUCCAGAAGCCAGCACCUGGCCAAAUGCAGAGCAAGCUGAUGGGCCCCAGCAUGAGACUGAAUUCAGGGAAAGACUUUGACUUCUGCAAGAUGAAACUUUUGUUUGCUUCUCCCAGCUUCCAUUUUGUCUGUUCCAUUUUAACAAACACUGAUGAUGAGGCCAAAAAGCAUGACUCUUGGUUGCUUAUGUGGGUGUGAAGAGGUGGGUAAAUGAGAAGGCCUUGGGUGGAUAUGACUUGGUAAAAAUCUGAAGCAUUUGAGGUGGGAUGUAUGAAGGGGGGCAGGGCAAUGUAUGUGGCUGUACGAAAACAAACCAAGAUCUGGUUAAAUGUGGAAAACUCAAUGCUAUGGUCAACAGUACCUUUGCUUUGUGACCAAACAUAACAAAGCUGUGAUGAAGUACCCAGCUUAUUCUAGCCCUUUGCUUGUGUAGUGGAAAUGUAUCCUAUAGCACAACUGGUGGGCUAGACAUUAGUUCCUAGACACAAGCUAAUUUGGAGGGGAAGCAAGAUGUUUCUAAAAUGUUAUAAAAGGAAUGAAGUACAUCAUUCAGGUGAACAGUGUUAACCAAAAAAACCCCAAGACCCCUCUCAGCUUAUCAGCGCCUUGUCCCUGGCCUCCCAUCAGAAUAUGGAGAGAAAAGGAAAGAUGGUCCGAGGGCUCUUCUCAUCACGAAGGUUUCUAAAAGGCUCCUCUGCCUUCCCUUCCAAGGGAGGGCAACACAAAAGCUCCCUCUUGGUGAAUAAGACUUUGCCAGGUGCAGGUGGGAGAAAUUGUCUUGGUCACAAUAGAACUUAAGGAGGAUGGAUACUGUGGCUCAGAGGAGUUUGUGCAGCAGGUCCGUGUAUGCUCCCCUCCCCCAUAGGUAAAUCUCAAACUUUUAUUCAGGGCUGCGUAGAGAUAUAGGAGGUCCUCCCAAAGUCAACACCACUGUGGUGUUUUGUUCUAUUUUUUAAGGCAAGCUGGUACUUGGAAACUUGGGUAAUUCCCAAACCAGCAAGUAUCCCAGCCCUUUAUGUCAGGAGAGUAAACUUGAAUGCACUCCCCAAAUGAAGGCCCCAGAGGACAUGUGUGAACAACAUGUCUGAGGUUUCCUUCGCACCCUUCUGUGUCUCAUGAUCACGUGGUGCUUUCUCAUUGCUCCAAUUGCCGUGGAAUAUGAGGCAUUUGGUAAGGUGAAGGAUAAUGCCUCCGGGGUACAGAGCAAGUUAACCUACUCAAAAAGUUGCCUCCUGCAUAUUCCAUUGCUGCAUUUAUCUUCAGCUCAGUGCAUUCUAUUGAUGUUAGAAUACUUACUGAGUUCCCUUCCCACCAGCUGGCAGACCAUGAUAACAGCCCCCCCCCUUUCCCCCUCAGCCCACCACUUAAUUCCCAAGCUUAGCUAAGAGGGUUGCAGUAAAUCAGCUGGCACUUCUUGUGUCUUGUUACCUCUUCUUUGCCUGUUUCUUAAGGACACAAAAUAGCACAUUAUUUCUAUACAACCCCAAACCUCUUUUUGUAGAAGAAUAGUGAUUGGGAUCAAACCUCUCAGUCAAGUUCAACUUAUCUCAUUCUCAAAAAUAAGGAGCGGGGUGUGUGGUCUAACCUCUGCAACCAGCUCUAAAGUUGAUUGGCAGAAUUUUCCAGUUCUAUUUGCUCACUUCUUCCAUUGGUGAUAUCCACUAGAAGGAUCCCUGGUGGGUUACACAGACAAAUAGUCUCUUUAUUUUUUACAUUCUGGUACACUAUGCAGUAUGAUCUCUCACCAUCUCCUUGGCCAGUCUCCCACUCAGUCUUGUGUUUUUCAAAGGAUUUUGCUGGAGGAAGAGGAGCCUUACCCGGGAAGUCACAGAUUGUCGUUGCCCCAAUUUUGGUAAACCUUGGGAGACUGUUUUAUCGAAAUGAUGUUAUUGUCCAUGUAGCACACAAGUUAUACUUCCUUUCUAAUGUUUCUCUUCCAAAUUCCCUCUGUACUAAACAGGGUACAUAAAUGACCCAGAUUUGGUUCAAAUCUAAACAAAGCUGUGAAUAUGAAAAAGACUGCCCCUUCUUUCUUGGAACAUGAUUGCAAAAAUAAAGAAAUGUCAUGGUCCUCACUUGGAAACUAGCAGUGCUUGGUUCCCAGAGCCUACACUAGAGGGCUCCGCUGAACAUGCAUUUUCCUACCAUGAGAGCAAAAUCUGAAAGUUUUUAAUAUCUCAAAACAUUGAGGUAUUGGAUCUGAUGUGAAGGGAAGCAGACUGCCCACUUACGGGGCAAAGAGGAUGAUUGGUAAACUGGAGGUGAUCAUGCUUAAAGGAUGUGAAACAAAUUAAAAAGCUUUUAAGAGCCUCUCCAGAGAAACAAUCCAUUGCCAGCAAGAAGUUUGCUGUUCAGAACCCACAGAUAGCCAAGACAUGACUGCAGGAGCUUAGAAUACCUCAAAACCCUUUGACUGUAUAUCCAUCCCUCAGGGCCCAGCUCAGCUCCAGAAGCAGCUUGGGAAAAUAUUCCCAGUCUUUCUUUGAGCAAAAACACAACACACCUCACUGUUCCUCUUGGGACCAUAUUUAAAUGCCUCCCUAGUGCCCUCUACAGAAUGCUUUACAAUUGGCUUAACCAUUGACCAAAGACCUUUCUUAGAUGAGAAGCAUAAACCAAAACACUUUUUAUUUAAUCUUUGGUGCUUUUAUUUUCACUUAUUCCAACUGACAUUGGCCAAAAAGAGAAUUCACAAAGAUCCUGCACCCCCACAGCCCUUUUAUCACUUCCUUUUGUUUUUAAGUUAUUAUUUAAACCAAAGUUUACAGGUGCUGUUUUGUACACUUCUAAUGAAGGUAGACCGGAAUCAUGCACUGCUGCUUGGUGUUUGUGCUUAACCAAGGGUACGCUGUGGAGCUUAGAGAGGGUUUGCAUUCCAUGGGUCUCUGCUGAACCUGCUUCCAUCUCACUUUUUCAUAUUACAAAUCAUAACUGCAUUUCAGCUGUUUGUACACAAUUCAGUGGUGGGUUUUAUUUUUGCAAUUUUUAUCCCCCCCUUUUUGAUUUCUAAAGGAGUUUUGUCUUAACUCCUUUUCUUCAUCCUCCAGAAUGAAUGAGAACCUUGUCUGUUCUUUGAGACAUUGUCUGGGUAAUGCAUGUUUCUGAGAAGCUCACAAGAAGAUUCAUUGCAAGGCUCUCUGUGUAUUUUGAGUCAGUCUAUACACACGAAGCAGUGUGAGGUGAUGACAUUCUUGACCACAGUAUUUCAGACUGCUGAAGUGUUAGAGACAUCUUGUGUGUAAUUUUAAUAACCCUGUGUGCACAUACAUAGAAAUCCCCCCAUAACUGUGUAUUAGUGUAUCAGAAAGCAAGCCUUAGUCUUCUUCCUGAUGCACAUACAAAUGCGUUUGUUUUUAUUUACAUAUGGGCGAGCCUGUCUAACUCAUACAGUCUGGAAUGACAUAUUUCUGGAAUUCACCUACAUCAUUCGGUAUAAUGUGUAAAUCCGCUCUGUGAGCAUGCAGUAUGGAACUUCUUUAAACUUUGUCAGACUGCAUCCCAGUUCAUGUACUGCUAUAUUGUGUCCUAUGGCUUUACGAACUAUUUGAGAACUGAGUGGUUAUAUCCUGAUACUAUUGUCUUUCGCCCACAGCUUUCCUUUUCUUUCCAUUCCUACUAAGGCAGGGCUUUAUCAUCAGUCUCAGCUCUUCAAAGAUGCUAACAUGCUGACUCACUGACCUCAGUCUGUUUUGUUUUGUUUUUUCCUCCUCCUGGUACAAUAUCCGGUUUUGUGUUGGGCACCUGCAGCUGGUCCUGAGGUGCCUAGGAUAUGUGUUCUGCCAGUAUUAAAAUGAUGUUUCUGGUACUGUACAGUUAAGAGCUGAACUGUAACCAUCCUCAUUUGUGGGAAGAGAUUCUCUUUAGAAAUAUAACUGUCUCUGUUUUAACCAAAGCCUCUGCCUUGCUUGUUUGGGUUUGUUCACCUUGACCUGCUUAAAUGGAGAGGCCCAAAAAAGGGGAGCAUUUUGCUCAGGAUUAAUCUAUGAACUGCCCAGUGUGAACCAGCUGAGUGAGUUAGCUAAUGCCAAAAUUGUUGCUGCAAUGUUGGAGAUACAAGAACCACUUCAUACAUUUGGUAAAAUCAAGUGAUGCAACUUCUGAACUGUCUAACUUUAGGACUAUAGAAAUUAGGGGGGGAAAACAGUUGUCAGGUCAAAGAUUAGAUUGAACCCCUCUUCCUGGUACGCCAGCUGCCGCUGGUGGUUUAUUCUUUUUCAUUUUGGAAAAGCAAGCUAAACAUGCUGCUGUCACUGCCCCGUUUGUACCAUCCAGGAACAGCGUUACAUGAUUCUGCGGACUGUAUAAACCGGGUCUCAAUUCUGGAUGUGGUGCAGCCUUAUCAAUAUCCAUGGCUUGCAUUGUCCUUGUUCUGAGAACCUUUAACUCUUUUUUAGAAUCCCGACAAAUACAAGUGGUAAAACAUUUCCUCUUAUGCCAUCUAAGUCAUACUGAUUGGCUGUUGUUACAGUUCAAAUGAAAGUAGACCUCAGUCUUUCCCAAUUAUAGAUGAUAUAGCCUGUAUCAUUCAGUUUUGAGCCAAAAUGGAGCAUGGCCAGAUUGUAUUGCACUGCGAACCAUUCUUGCAGUGCCAGUUGCAGCUUCUUUCUGCCUUCAUGUGACAGUAUUAAUGUAUGUAUCCUCAGAGCAUAGUUUUGCAGCUCGUUCUGGCUGUAAUCAUUGCAGCCGUGUCUGAGGUGCACCACUUCGGAGUGCAGGGGGCAAGGAAGCUCUUGUGAUCGAAUGCUCUCCCAUACAACGGGAGUCUCAGCACAUAGACAGCUAGGUGCUGGGAAGAAGGGCUCUCUUUGACAUCAUUUCUUUUUAACAGAGGAGCAUUCAGUCAGUGAGCAGCUCCCUGAAGAGGUGUAGCUCAGGCACAACAUUAUUACCUCUGUGAGAACGAGGCCACUGAAUUCCUUAUCAAAGAAGCAAAACCAUGUGUUCAUUUAUGUUGGGUAUUACUACAAUAUUCAGUUCUUCAAGCAGUCCCAGCCCCACAAAAUACCAGUGGGGCAUCUGGCCUCCCCACUAUGGCAUCAUUAUGAAACUUACUCAGAUUCCAUCUUUAAACAUCUGCCUUGUGACACUGAAGGCCAAGGAUUUGUUACAGGCUUGUCAGUGUGGGGUGCAGAUGUAUCUUUGUCGCUGUGCAGCUGGCAUUCCUUUUGAACCUUUUUGGAUUUUUAAUCCACUUUUGGAUCUAAAGGGAGCCAGUGCAUAUUUGAGAGAUAAUAGAAUAUGAGGUUUCUGAGAACUGAUCUCAUGCUUCUAAAAUUGUGUGUCCUGCAAGUAACAGUUCCCUGAAAAACAUAAAGCCAAUCUCUCAUGUUUUGUUUGUUCUAGCUUUCCCAGCAAGGCUAUCUUAGAAUCAGGGUCUGAUUUCAUUUUGCUGACUACUAUCCAUCAGGUGUUCUGUAGUAGUGCUCUGUCCUGAUAAAAGACAUGUACCACAAGAUCAGCAUGAUUCUGAGGUCUGCUUGUUCUAAAAUAUUGCUUAUCUUUUACACAUAUAAAGAAGCCCCUUUGCAAUAACAGGGUUUCUACAUGUACUUGCGGAUUUGCCCAUGUAUAAGCUGCAAAGUUUGUCAUUGAAAAACUGCAAAUGCUAUAAAUAGAGAAACAGAUCCCAAAUAUAUUCUUAUCAAUAACAGGCUUCCUGCUGACUUCACUUGGCAAUUGAUCAGGACCUGCCUUAUCCUUGUUCUCUCUCAACACAGCUUCGGAAAUCUUGCAUAUGCUUGAUUAGUAACAAGUAGGUUGUUGUUCCGAGGGCUGUAAACAUGCUUUGCAAGCACUGGUGCACCCAUUAAAGGACACGGAAGAAAGAAUGCAUCACUGAAUCAAAGUGCCAUUCUCUAAAGCUAUUCAAUUUGGGGCAUUUUUGCCCUCCAACAGCUUGAAGUGUGAAAGUUGCUUUGAUCUAUCUUUCCUAUUGAUUGAACUGCUAAGGCUUCAGUUUAGCAACAUUUUCUUUAGCUGCUGCCCUUUGUUUAAAUCCAACUCAGGUUAUCUGAUAUGGGCCCUUCUUAUGUCCAGGUCAUGGCUUUGAGUGUCUUGCUUUUCUUGAAUUACAGGGGAGUGCUCCCAUGUGUAAUGUUCGCCUUUCUGCGAGAAUUCCUUUACAUGAGGACUUUCCAGCUUGACAGGAAAAAGAAAUCUUUAGACCUGAUGGACAUAGUUAAGAUUGCUAGGAUGUGGGGAACUGCCAGGCAAAUGGUAAUUAGUCUACCCUCCCCUUGUUCAUGGGAUCAAUGCUUGUUCUGUUGUACAGCAUCAAGAGAAAGGUAAUGGUCAAGAGUACUAAGGCAGUGGAGGGAUUCUGCACAAUGCCAGGUUAUUUUUUAUUUGUUGAGAAUAAGCUCGAGUAACCCAUAUUGUUUCUCCUGGCCUCCUUCCCAGCAAAAUCAAGCUGUAAAAUGAGGAAGGACAAUGAUGACUGUUGGAAUAUUCUGUACCAAACUGUUCCCAAAAACUCUGAUUUCAUCUGCAAGGUUGUCCCUCCCUCCCUCCCUCCUUCCGUGUGUGUGUGUGUGUGUGUGUGGGCAUUGCAAAAGCAAUAUUCCUUUCCACAAACCAGGAAAAGGUCCCUAUACUAUUGCUGUCCCAUUGCAGGUUUAAAGAGCUGAACUCUGUUUUUUUCUCCUCACCCAUAUUUAAUUAAAUGUAGUAAUACCACAUUUUAAAACUUUCUUUUAAAAUACCCACUUGUAUACACAAAAAUAUGUACACACAGAAAAUUAAUCUAUGGGACCUUUUUCUUAAACAUCUAAGGCAUCUGUGUGUUUUCUUCCACUUCAUCAGAUAUGCCCAUUCUUAUUGCUAUUCCAUAAGUCAUCUUGGAAAAGUGGUAUUGGAGCAUAAUUUCUUGUUUACGUCAUCCAGCUCUUGUGCUUUAAUUCAGUUUUCCUUGUACCUCACUCAGUGCUGGUUGCCAAAGCAACAGUAUGACUGGCAUGAGUCCUGAAGGGUUUUUCCCCCCUUCGGCCACAAAUCUCUUGGUAGUGCUAACCUUCUCUGACUUCCUCCUUCAUUAGGUACAUCUGUUUGUGCACAAAUAACUUUUCACAAAGUUGUUUCAAACUACAUAUAGUACUUAUUUUUUGUUUUUAAUCUAUUUUAUUAUUUUUGUUACCUCAAAAUGGCUUUUAAAGAGGUAGUAUGGGAAAGACCAAACACAACUUGUGGCAGGAUAGUAUAUGUAUAUAUUGAUAUAUAUGCUGGUUGAAAACCUACUAAAAAUGUAGUUUAUUGUUGUCUGUUUAACUAUCCUGUGAUGAAACUAAUGCAGGGAAAAAUUUAGGAAGGGGUUAUUUUCAUUGUCCUGGGAUUUAGGAAGCCAUUCUUGUGUCUCUUUGACUUGACUUGGAUGCUGUUCCAGUUCUUUUAUGUUUUUGUUUUGUUUUCUUUCUGUAAAUUAGCUGGUAGAAUCGAUGAGGGUGGGAGGAGAUAGACCGUUGCAAAGAAAAAACCUGGGACAACGGUAUAAUCAUUUCCCUUCCUUUCUCGCUUCCCGGGAGUUAGAGAAAUAGGAACAGAAGCAAAACACAUUGUAUUAAACCAAAGGUGUAUGUGUUUCAGUUUUGUAUGUUGUUUACAUAAUUUUUAAUAUAGAUACUUUUCAAGAAGAAAAAAAAAAUCCCACUCAGAAAAAUCCCCAGGAUUCUGUCUGGUUUUAUCCAUACUCCAAAUUUCCUGGUAUUUGGCUCCACAGAAAUGUCUUUACCUUGUAUAAUUUGAAGGGAGAAGGGUGUUCCUCUCCAGGUUUGGAGCAUUCCAAAGCAUUGAAAGAUUUGUCAGUUUGGAGUUCUCUCGUGGCUCACUGCAAUGCGGCUGCUCUACUCUGGGCCCCAUUGCUCUGCCUUUCACUUUGACCAUAUACUAUACGGAGCAGCUUUCCUGUUGACCCACCCAAACCCAAAGAGCUGCAGCUGCUUCUCUGAGUAUUUCACCACUUGGCAUUCUUGUCUUCCAAAAUCUCUCACUGAAUCUCAGGUGGCAGGAAAACACCCAAGAACCAAUGACUAGUGACUUUCAAACCAUUUCAACUUAGCAGUUCAGCAUGAGCCAGGGGGUCAUUGAUCUCAUUGAAUGAAAAUGGGAGGGUAACGGGUCUCCUGAAAUGACCUGAUUUGUUCAUUUGUAAUAUUUUGCGUUGGCCCUCAGGGGCCUCUUCUAAUUAAAUCUUCUCCAUUGCAAAUAGAUCUCUCUCAUCCUAGUAUCCAACAUAUGGUGGGAGGGUUGGGGACUGUGGCAUGUCAGCACUCUGUCUGUUGUCUUUUCCUUCUCCUGGUACCCAGGAAGGUGUGAGGAAAGAGGCAAGACACGCAGUGACCUUUAAUAUGGUGGGUUUUUUCUUCCUCACAUUUGUUGGUUUGAUGUGAUCAUCCUUUUAGCAGGUGGCAAGCCAGUGUGAAGGGAAAGGUUAUUGGGGGAGGGAGAAGGAUGUCUGUAAACCAUUGACCCAUCCUCCUCUUACUGCUUCACACUGCCACAUUUCCAUACUGUAUAAAGGAAAUAGCAUUGCUGUGUAUUUGUACUCUGGACUUCUGUGUGUCUGCUCUAGCAGACGGUAAACCCUUGUACAGUAGAUCUAGCUGCAUGUAAUCUGUAUGGACAAUGGCAUUAUAAAAUGCAAUAAAAUGAAAUUACCUAUGAGGUGGCUGUGACUUCUUAAAAAUGUUCUUUCUCUGGUUCCUCUAAAAUGGACCAUUCAUCCUUCUCCAUAUAGUUCUUACCUCCUUUGUAUGCUUUUCUAGACGCUAUUGAAAAUAUUUGCACCUUUGCUUUGCACUUGCUGCAGCUUACAUUAGUGGCAAGGAACCACUUAACCCCUUAUGCAGUGUUUCCCUGCAGCCCCGCUCUGUAACUUAUGUCUAACUGCUUGAUGUAAACAACUGACCCUCUAGGCAUAAUCCUUUUUUCCCAAAAUGUGCAUAGAGAAGGGCAGUGAUGUUUCAAUGAGGCCCCUGGUUUAGGGGAUCCAGGAACUGCCUUACCCUGAAAUCACAAAUGCAGAAACUAAUUGAUGCAUUUCAUUUUAGAAAAUGAUUGCACUAAAUUUCUCUGGCUGUUCAUGUUUCACUGCAUCAUUUGAAUCUGCCAUCAGACUAAUUACUCUUCUAACUGUUCUGCUUAAAGCUACCUCCUCAUCAGCAACAACUUAAGGAAUGGAAAGUUGCCCAGGAUGCAAAAUUACUUAAGAGCAGUAUGUUCUCAGUGCUGCAAACACAACUUAAAACCCCUAUCAGUACUUAUGAUUUCAGGAUAUCUGUGUGCCUUGAAGUCUCUUCUAUCUCAUCUCCUCCAGUGGCUCGUCCAGAUUACAUGAUUUCCUACUGGCACAUGUGCAUGUAGACUUGGGCAGAAGGUAGAUUUACCACAUAAAGCAGACAGUGUUGUACGAUGUGUAAUUUGUUUUCCUCCAUUUCUCUGGGCACUUCAUGUUUAGCUUACUGCCUCCCCAAAAUGUGAGGAGACAUUUUAGGUGCAGCACUUGGGGAUUUAAUUUUCUUUGUACGAAAGAACACUGGGCACCUAAUAGUAUCCUUACUGUUGGCUAGAAUCAGUACUACUUGCAUCUGUGAUCUAAUACAGAAGCAGAGCAUAGUGUAAACAAGAAGCCUCAGCCAAAACAGUGAUCUGGUCUUGGGUUCCUUAAGGCAGUAGCUGGGAGUAUUCCACACACACAUUCACACCCCAGCAGAGCAAAAUAGUGCUCAGCAUCUACCUGUCUCAAAUUCAGAUCAGUUGCAAAACAGUUUCUCUGCCAUUCCCACUGCAUCAUGCCUGGGAAACCUGGAGCUUUAUGGAUGUUGGAUUCCAAUUCCCAUCACCCCACCAGACUGGUCAGAGACAGGGAGAUGGGAGUUGUAGGUUAACAACAUAUGAGGACCCACAGCUUCUCAAUCCCUGCAGGAUGCUGGUUUUCAAAGCAUAUAGAGAGGUUCCAGGCUGCCUCCAAGAAGUGAUGAUCCCAGACAAGUUCUAAAUAGCCCAGGAGACAAGAAAGUGGCCAAGUUAACAAAAUUAAGAGCAUAGGUGAUGUCACAUUCUAGUUUCUUGAUGAUAAAUAUCUCUUCAGGCAUCCCAGUGUGUUCUUUCUCACCACAAAGCUCAAAAUAGGAUUCCUUUGCCAUAAUGGUCCCUCUUCAUUUCUUACCCUUAGCCAGAAUUCUGAGAUGAACUGGUUUCACUGAUACAGGUAGAGUAAAGCUUGUGCCUCAAGCAAGAAAACUAGGCAUCUGAUUAAGGGAGCUUCAUUAUCAUUUACUUUUUGUGCCAUAAGUGAACUCACAUUUGCAUUUUUCCACGUUCCAACCCUGAUUGGUGGCAUUUUCUGCUGCUUCAGGCACAAUAUUUAAGCAGUGGAGACACUGAUUCCCAGAUAAUCCCAAAUAUUCCUCAAUCUCAUGCUUCGGAAAGCUGUCAAACAGUUUCAAUGCCUAAACACACACAAAACAUGUCCACAUAUGCUGUAGAGUUGGGAAAGGGGCCAUAGUUCAGUGGGUAGUUAUAUGCAUUGCAUGAAAGAAUCUUCAGGGUCAAUCACUAUUUCCCCCAGUUCAAAGUUGAUGAUGCAACUCACUCUCUCAGACUCUGGAGAGGUGUUGACAUAUGCGGUAGUCAACAUUGGUUGAAGUAAACUGACUCAGCCUAGGGCAGUUUCCUGUGGUCUGGCACACAGGAAUCUAUAUCUUGAUCCCCUUCCAAAGGAUAACAGUGUAUUUGGUGGCCAAGCUUGUGCCAUCUCCUGAAUGACACUCUGUGAAUAGGGUAAUCCAGUAGGUUUGCUACAUCAGUGGCCAGUUAAUAUCAUAGCACGGGGGCCUAUAUGCUCUUCUAGCCUCUUCCUAAGUGAAAGGCAAACAACAGCACACUGAGCAAUGUGCCACAUGGCAAAGACCAGUGUCCACUCUGGUAUGACUUGCUAACAACAACUACUACAAGAGGCAGUUCUGGAAGGAAUCCGUACAUGCACCACAGUGGAGACACACUUACAAAAUUGGUGUCCCCCACAUCACCACCCACACUAUGUAGCAGUCAGAAAAGAUGCCACAGUACCUUCCAUUUCACAGAAGAUAACAACACAAAAAUGGAGAUGCCCCACGGAUCCCUGCAUGCUUGACUUUGAGCCCCUGCACAUGUCAUAUGUGUGACAAAUAGCCACAACUUUGACACUGGGCAAGACUGUACAAUGAAGCACCCGCUGGGUUUGCUCAGGAGCCAGCAUAUGUCAUGGCAAGAAAGGUUCCUUGGGGCAGGUGUUCAAGUCCCACUUGGGGAGUGAGGCCCAUCUCAAGGAAGCAGCCUGCUAAAUUGUCUCUGAAUGGGGAGGUCCUUUGCAUGCCAUUCUGCUUCAUUGGCCUCUGAAUGUCAAGCUCAGCUCAGGGAUCUCAAAUCUGCUGCUGAUUCUGCGAAGCGGCUCUCUUGCACGAGUCCUUGGCCCACUUCAACUUAGGACUUUUCCCAUGGCCCAGGGAGCUAUAAAAAGUCUUAUACAGGGGUAUGUUUUGCUGAACCAGCAGGGCUAAAUUUCAGACCAGCUGCCACAAAUGUCCCCCCAGUUCCUUCCAUCAUCCCAAUUCACUUCUGCAGGAAGUGGGUGGUAGGCCAUCUUACACUGAGCCAGAUAAGACUCCCCAGUCCAUUUUGCUUUCAUGAUCCCAGCAAAGAUUUUCCUAGGUGUGCAUGGGCUAAAAAUGCAUGUGCAGUCCCAGCCCACCCACCACCACACACAAGCUCCACUGAUUCCCCUUCCAUGCCAUUCAUUUUCAGCUUAGGAUGCAUUUACUCUUCUUGAUCAUCUACAUCUUCCCAGCAGCUUUCUAAUUCGGGUCUGUUCCUUCAGCUUUUUUUUUUUUUAUUGUCAUUGAUGCUGUGUUAGCAAGCUUCUGAGUAGAUCAAGCCUCUUGAUUCAGCUAUGAUGCUAAUGUGAAACAGUCCAAUUUUGCCAGCUGCUUUUGUCUCUUAAAGUAUCUGAGUUCCUUCCCUCUUCAUCUGCCUAGCUUUGCCUAGUUCUAAUGUAAACCACGGUCUGAUAGGACCUACUGGUGUACCGGCCCACCACACACACACCAGCCUAAAUCAGGAAUGCAGAAUGUCUGUUUUUAGCCUGCUGUCUCUAGCUUCUCCCCACCUCAAUUUACCCAAAAAUCUGCCCAAACUUUUCUCUUAACCCCACUUUUCACCCUCAUUGGCCAGCAGAGGGAGGCAUUGGAUUUGAACAUGGUGCUUGUCAUGCAGCUUCCAGGAGUUUGGCUUGGGUGAGCAGGCAUAAGGAGAGUGAUUUCUACCAUUAAAGAAUGGCAGACCCUUUAAUGCAUCCCUCUCUAGGAUCUGGACAGGUAUAAGGGAAGCAUGAAGGCUGUGGUCUGACUUGGAAGGAUGGGAAAGCAGUGGCAAUUGUAUUUAGAACACUUCUGUGUACCAGUCAUUGUGAUAUCCAGAAUGUCUACUUCCACAGCUGUAUCCCUUCCUACCCUGACCAUAAAUAUGAUAUACUGAUUGCAUCUAGCCCAUGGAGGUUGGACUGACUGCUUUCAGAGUGACCACAUAAGAUCUUUAAAUGUGGAUUAACUUAUAGUUUAGUAGAAUUGUCUGUCUUAUACAUCCACACUUUUUUCAACCACACUGUGAUAAAAUACAGCUUUAUUCCUUUAUUUCCUAAUAUUCUAAAGUAAGCAUGUGAUCCAAUGCAAGAAAUCAGCAAAAGGAGUUUACCAUCUGAAAUAGUGCUGUUUUUUCCAUCCUGUUAGUCAGUUGGGCAUUAAAAAAAAUGCAGUCAUUUAAAUAAAUUAGUCUAGGCAGAAAGUGAAAUCACAACUCUUUGUUAUUCAGUGCCAAAAGAAGUUGAGGGUGUUGAGGAAAGAGGCUAUUUACUUAUCCAAUCUUCCCAUCAAAAUAGGCUGCAAUAUGAGAUUUUUCUAUUCUUCAGGGAGUUGUUGGAGAGUUGGUGGGGAGGGAAAUGGCUGACUGAAAUGGCUUGUUUCACACUAAAGUGGUAAAUCUGUACCUGCACUCAACCACUUCACUCUUCAAAUGGGGGACCGUAUGACUGUAUGAUAGCAAAUAAAAGACAUCUGCACAGACAACUAAGAUAUUGAGCCAAAGGCUAGGCUAUCAUCCAUCACCCAAUAUCUACUAUUCAGUGUGUGAGGAUUUAUUAAUUUAUUUGGCAUUGAGGAGCACUUCAUCAUUUGAGUCCCCAUUUGCAUUGUAACGUAGCUUGGACACUGGCUUAUCCCCUCUGCAAUAAAUAGGCUAAUGUCAUUUCCUAUUCCCACUCCUUACACUUCUGAUACAAAGAAACGAUCUGAAUGUUGAGUGGGCAACCUCCACCAACACUGAAAAUUGGCUGGGAAAGAAAGAUUAAAAAUAAAUCCCUUGUGUGAUGGAAUAUGAUUACAAAAUUUAAAAAAAUCUUUGUCCAGAGUUGGACAUACAUUAGAGUGAAUCCUCUCCAUGAGUACUUGCUCUCAGUAUCCUCCUUUUUUUUAAAAUGGGGUCUCUGCACAGCUCAUUUAGAAAAUAUCUACAAGGACGACUUUCCAAAAAGCUAAGAAUGGUUGGGUAAGACUGUUCCCAGCCCAUAUUAUUUUCUCAUAUAUUCAUCUAUGUAUUAAUCUGCAAACAUACACAAGCAACUGCAACUGGCCAUUACUCCCACUGCUACCUAGAUGCUAGAAAAGGGCAACCCAGGGCAGACCUGUAACCAGCGUCCUGUCAUGACCAAUGACUUAUCUGCGAUUUCUCCUAGUUAUACCUGGCUUUCUGAAAAGGACCUUCUGUCACACCAAGUAGUUACAAACAUGGGAUUGAAUUGUAUCUGACAAGCAAACAUGCCUUGCGGGUAGAGGACACAUUGCCAGGGAAGGAGCCCAUGUUCAAUCCCUGGCAUUUCCAGGGAGGGCUGCCAGUCACGAGGGGAAGCAACCUCUUGGGCCGCUGCAGAAACGUGCACAUGCACAUCUGAUGCACACCCCCUUGCCCACCAUGCCCUUCCCUUGAGUUCCUCAGGUGCCCUCUGGGAAGCAAGGCCUCUGAGAGCCGACCUGUAGGAUGCUUUCAGUGGUUGCAGCAACAAAUGAGGGGAUCAUUAGGUGUCUCUUGUAUCAUGGGAGUGCUCUUGAGUAACACCUUUGGGGUUGCACACCCCUGGCGGAGGCAGCACUGAGCUGCUGGAAUGGAAGAUGCGAAAGAGCUGAAAAGGAAGCCAUGAAAGGGCCAGGACAUGGAGUCUGUGGCAGAGAUGGGGAACUGGACUUUGGGUGGUGGAGGGGGUGAUGACAGGAGUGUGUCAGGCAGUGGCCAGGGAAAUUGGAAUUGUGGAGUAGUCACAAUUGGCAAAAAAGGGCAUAGACGUGGGAACAGAGGUGAGAAGCCGGGUUUCUGCUCAGACGUUCUGUUUAACUGAGGUCUGCUGUGGAUGCUACUUGUCCUGGAAACAUGCUUGCUAGGGCUUUCAGGCUAUUUCAACACGAUUAACUUGUUACCUCACAUCAUCAUCAUUAUUGAGAUGUAUGUGCCCCUGACCAUAAGUGGUUUACAAGAAAGUGGUUUCUGUUUACAAGAACAAAGGGGAUACUUCAAUACACAAACAUGGACAGAACAGGUCUCCGGUGUUCAGGAUGUCAGUCUGUCUGUCUGUCUGUCUGUCUGUCUGUCUGUCUGUCUGUGUCUCUCUCACACACACGCACCCACACAUAUUGUGUGAACCUGGCCUCCGGAUCAGUUUAGGCAGAGAACACCAGAGUCACCUCGAACGUGACAUAACGGUGCGUAUUUGCACCGUGCAGUCCCUGGCAGUUCCUCAGCUGAGAGUAGAGAGCCUUGCUCCGUGAGGCCAUUGAUUGCUAAGAACAUUGGUCUGAUUGCUUUAACACUUGCUAAAGAGCCUGUUUAACUGCUUAAAUAAGCCAUAAACCCUGAGCUCGCACGAAAAUGUGUUCCUUUUGAUUAUUAAAGCAGCAGCCAGAGUCCAUUUUUGCUACCCAUGACCACAGUGAUGUCUGGCACCAACAACUGAUUGAAUGAGUGGGAUCUUGUGGAAGAGAAACCAUUUAAAGAUUUUUUUUUAAUCUCUUCCUCUAUGUCAUGCUUUUGUUAUUACCCCAAAUCACAUUUUGCUUAUGCUAAUGCUAUACAGUAUCUCUUUCUAAGCAUUUUUUUUACAAAUGUCCAUUCUUUUCUAAUUUAUAAGAAUAAAAUAUUUAAAAUAUAAAGUCUGUUAAAACAGCCCUUAAAAUAUACAGAAAUGUGUUUGGAAGGCAUUUUAUUAUCCUAAGCCAUUUUCCGGUGAAUUGAUAAAAUGGACCACAAUUUCAAAUUUGCCUGUGAUGUCAUAAGAAAUGUACUUGAAGCUCAGAAUAUUAAAAUAUUCUAAAAGGAUCGUACCAACUUUCACCUGCCCCUCCUUGCUCUGCCCCCAAUGUUACCCUGAGUGCUGUUCCAGGGGGCCCAGAAGGGGAUUUCCAGGGGGCCCAGAAGGGGAAGGAGCUAUUGUUGCAUCUUGCCUCCCUUCCUUCUGCCAGAAGGUUCUUUCUGUAACUGUGGUUCUUUUCCCAGGAACUCUCUUUCCAAGCCGUAGUAUUUAUCAAGUCUACAUAUUGCUCUGCUUGUUGAUAAAUUCAGGCAACGUACCAUCAUACAGGGCAAUGUGUGUUACCGAUUGUGUUCCAUAGCACUCAUCACCCAUCUGUUCCAUUUUUCUGCUCCUUUAAUCAACCUAUCUGAUGCUUACUUUCUGUACCCAGUUCUUUGAGAGACCAUCUCUAUUUAGCUCAUUUCCUGCUUGCUGAAAAGAGUGUUAUUAAGAGUUGAGUGGCAACCUUCUUAAUAUCUUAUUUACAGUAGGCUUGCUCAUCAUCAUCAUCAUCAUCAUCAUCAUCAUAGAUUAUGUUGGGUUCGAUCUAUUUGAAUGAGCACAUCACCUGCCCUUGAAGGAGGCCCACAGGGAUCAGUAGAUUAUUUUCCCAGUCACCCUGCAACUGGAAGUAUGUGGGUACUAUAAGCAAGCACUGCAGAGAGCAGGAGGUCCUUGUGCCUUCCAUAUCCCCAUCUUGCCCCCCUCCCCAUGCAUUGUGCAGGACAGGAAAAAAAUUGCCCCUUUGACCUUUGUGGGAGGCCUCCCAAGUGCAAACUUGGAUGAAAGGCAUGGUCUCUGGUUUCCCUGGCUAGUCCCACUUGCAUUCAGUUCUGCUGUGGUUUCAAAGUGGGGACAGAAGUGCAACCAUCACAUAGUCUGAAGCACUCGGAGAAAAAGUAAGCAAGGUGAGAUACGACAGAGGUGAACAAGAUCAUGGUUGGUGUGGAGAAAGUGGACCAGAGAACCACUGUAGUGUGGUGGUGAGAGUGUUGGACUAGGGGCCUGGAAGAUCUGGGUUCUACUCCCCACUCAGCCAUGAUGCUGAGUGGGUGGGAGACUUGGGACCAGUCACUCAUUUGCAGGCCAAGUUACCUCACAGGUUGCUGUUGUGAGGAUAAAAUGGAACUAUGUAUCCUACCUUGCAUUUCUCACGGGAGGAAAAAAGUCGAGCGAUGAAUGCAAUCUAAUAAUAAUCGUAUUUUUUCUCAUUCUCAGAAUACUAGAAUCCAGAGUCACUGAUGGAAUUGUCUGGUGAGAAAUUCCUGGCAGAUAAAUGGAAGUCCUUCACCACAUAGGGCAUAAUUAACCUACAGAAUUAACUUCUACAAUGGGUAGUGAUGUCCACCAAGUAGAUGACUUCACUCAUGGAGAUGAAGGCUAUCCAUGGUUGUGUGAACAUAAUGAUGAACUAGAUGGAUCAUUCGUCUGAUCUAGCAUGGCUCUUCCUAUGUUCUUAUUCCUUCAUAUGGCAGUGUAAAUAGAUUCUGGAGCCAAGUACUUCAUGAUGUAUCCUGGGUAAAAUUAGAUCCUGCCAUUGUGUUCUGCCAAUACCUUUAAAUGGUUGUUUUCAAAUACACACGAUGGCCAUGCAUAAUCAGUGCAUGAUCACAAACAAACUAGAGUUAUAAUCAAAAGGAUCAUGUUUUGAUAUAAAAACAAGUAUCCUCUGCUUUUUAAUUUUUCAUGAACAGUCAGACUGGUUAUGAUAAGGACACCUUAUUCAGCUGGCCGAUAGACAAAUAAAAUUGAGAUAAUUUACUCCAAUUUGAGUUCUACCUGCUUCAGAUGCAUUUGCUAUCAUAUUAUUUUAAGUAAAACAGGAACUCUAAAGCCAUUAUUUAAAAAAGCCAAACUUUUUGUAAAUAAUGACGUACUUUAUAAGCAAGAAUUCAUCUCAAAGUUUCUCAACAGAAUCUUUUGAGAUACUCAUUUGCUGCCCUCAGGUGGCUACAGUGUUGUGGCAUUCCUAUAGUUUGAGAUUAGCUGAAGUGGAAGUUCACACUCAAUUUUAUUCUGUUAAAAAUAUUGGAAUUUCAAGAUCCAAAUUCACAUUUGAACGUUAUUGCUAUAAUCAUGAAAAUAAAUAUAUUUUUGUUUCAGAA